UUUAUAUAUUUUAGAACUGAACAAGAUAUUUGACCUAAAAGCUGAAUGUAAACCUUUAUUUUGAAAAUCCGAGCAUCGGAACAUGCACGGUUACAGUCGCGAGCUUAAAUCUGCGAACCACCAAACGCCACAUUUAGCCGCUACUUUGACCUGAAAUAUAACACUUUGGAGAGUGAAUUUGCAUAUGCAGAUAAUCUUAAAAUAAUUUAAUUUGUUUAAGCGAAGUGAUGAGUCGAGAAAUAACGCGCUGAAAGUUUAGUUUUAGUUGAAGGUGGACGGCGGUGUAACGAGGAUUUGUGUUACCGGACGAAGAUGUUCUAAGAUGCCGUCUUUCGACUUCCUGGAUAAGGUGGAGCUGUUUGUGCGUGGAGGAACGUAUCCUGUCGAUGCUUCAAAGACCGCAAAGAAAGUCACCAGAGCUGCCAGCAAACACUUCAUCUUCAAAGACGGCUUCCUGUGGCGUUCUUACCGGGGACGCCUCCUCCGCGUUGUCAGGAGCAACGAGGAGGUGAGGGACAUCCUGGUCCGUUACCAUGACAACAACAACCACGCUGGCCGGGUUCGGACGAUCAGGCAGAUAAUGCUCAUGUAUUACUGGGUGGGGGUGACGGAGGCGGUGAAGGCCUGGAUCAAAGCUUGUCCUGUGUGUCAGAGCCGGAGUCCCACCGAGCCGCCGGAGCCGCCGGUCCAGUUCUGCCUCGCCUACGGCUGCGACGCCUCCAGCUUCGUCUGUCCGGAGCUCAGCUUCCACAGGUUUCCGAAGGAGGCGGAGCGGCGUGGGCGGUGGCUGGCGGUGGCUCAGAGGGACGAAGGCUCGCUGCGAACCAAGUCCUGCCUCUGCUCCAGACACUUCGAGGCGUCCUGCUUCAGGCUGAGCGAGGACGGUCAGCUGACUCUGUCCCCGGACGCCAUGCCCACCAUCAUCCCCGUCACCGUGCAGGAGGAGGAGGUUCCAGUCCCGUCAGACGAGGACUUCCUCCACUCCAACUCUUUAGAAGACCUUCUCUCCACAGCUGCAGCUGCAGAAAGCUCGGACCCCUCUGAUCCGGCCUUCAGUCACUCUGAGACCCCCGCAUACCUGCAGGAGCACCAGUACUGCCUCCCAGCUCCUGAUCCGGACUCCACGGACACCCAGACCGUCAUGGAGGACAACAGGAGGAAGACUGUCAUCGAACCCACCUUCACGGCUUACAACCAGAUCGCCAGGUUUCUGAGCCACAGAGUGUUACCGAUGCAAAGCAAGCAAACCAGAGGAGCUUUAAGAAGGAUGGCCAAGCGCUUUGGUCUGAUAGACGGAGUGCUGAUGUACACACGAGUCUCUCCUCCUCUCAGAGUGCCGCGCAGCAGAGAAGAGGUAAACUCGAUCCUGCAGCAGUUCCACGACAACCAGGGUCACUACGGCCAGGGAAUCUGCCAGCGAGGGAUCUUGAAGCACUUCUACUGGGCCAGCAUGGCCCGGGACCUGGCCCGCUGGAUCUCCAGCUGCCAGACCUGCCUGAACAGAACCAAGAGGAAGUGGCUCCGCUGCAGCGUCUCCAACUGCACCAACUGCUGCGGGCCGGUGGAGCGAGGCCUGGGCCUCACCUUCCAUCAGUUUCCUCUGGACAGCCAGGCCCUGCUGGCUCAGUGGCUGAAGGCUGUUGGUCGUCCUAACUGGCAUCCUCGUCUCAGGUCGUCUAUUUGUUCGACCCACUUCACCGAGGACUGCUUCGACCGCAGCGGGGACAAGGUCACCAUCCGUCCAGACGCCGUGCCCACACUGCUGGUCCACGGAGACUCAGCGAUUCCGUGCAGAGAUCCAACCCAGCCUGCUGUGGGGGAGGAGGCCUAUUUUGCAAAGUACGACGCCGUGGAGCUCUACCUGAGCAGACGCGCCUACCCUCCUGGACUGAGCUACGUGGAGAAGAACACCUUCAGGAGGUUCUGCAAGAAGUUUAUCGUCAAAGACGGCGAGCUCCACAUGGUGAGAGGCGAGCGGGUGCGUCUGGUGCUGAGGAGCCGGCAGCGGGUCGAAGCUGCUCUGCUGGAUUAUCACAACGAGCUGAACCAUCUCGACGUCAGCAAGUGUCUCCGGCUGCUCAACGAACGGUACUUCUGGAAGACCAUGCGCUCCGACGUGGUGCAGUGGAUCGACGGCUGCUCUCAGUGCAGCAUGAAGAGGAAGAAGAAGAAGAAACCGGAGGACCAGACGGACCCAGGAGGACCAGAGUCUCUGCUGGAGGCGCUGAGGUCCCCGCAGAUACCUGACGCCUUAGACAGCAGGAGAGACGACGAUGAUUACAGCGAUGAUGACGGAGGGGAUGUUGAUGAAGACGAUGUGAGUGUCGGUGAUGAAGAACGGGAGCCGGCAACAAAUUCAGAGGACAGAGAGGAGAACCGGUCUGUAGCUCCCGUCGGCCCUCAGCCCAGAAUCCCCAUCCUCCUUCAUUUGAAAACUCCCAUCAACUACCAGCCCAGAUCUCCCUCAGUCCUCCAGCCCAGGACUCCCAGCGCCCCCUUAGUGGCCACUAACGUUCGGCCUGAGAACCAGAGAGGCGUUCAGGCUCAGCAGCAGAUAAAACCUCCAGAGAAAGAGACGAGCAGCUCUCAGGGCAGCGCCAGGACACACGGCAAAGUCCAGGAUGGGACCAGACCUCCUCCAGAGUCCCAGCCUCCACCUGAGCUCCCAGCAAAACCUCCACAAGCCCCCAGCAGGCAGAGUCCGUCCCUGCUAGCUCAGAGCCACGGCGGCUUCCAGCGCCCGCUGAAGAGACGGAGAGAGCUGCAGGAGGCGUAUUCAGCUAAAAGGAGCUCAAGCUGUGGUCUGGAGCCCAUCGUGGCCCCGAGCACCAAACCCUGGCCCGUCUUCACCAUCGCUGGAGCGCCAUCAGCUCAGACGGCCAGACCGCCGCCAAAGAUGGACCGCUCUGCUCCCUUUCGGAGGCCCAGAGCGCUCCAGGCUCGGACCGUCCUCCAGCAGUGCAGUCGGGCCAAAGUCAAGACCAAACCAGCACACGACGGAGCCGACGCCCAGUGGGCCGAGAUCCAGGAGGGAAUGGUUGUGUAUGUGUGUUUCUUUCACGGAGCCACUGAGGACGUCACUCAUGACAUGGCCAGCAGCCUGAUGACGACCAAAUUCUUCCGGAAAGACUCGGGGCACUCUGUGUCGGUCCUGGACCUCCCGGGCAGCGUCCUGCUGGUCCCCCAGGACUCGCUGCUCGGGGAGCCGGCGUCCCAGCGGAGGAUGCAGUACCGCGGCGGCUGCCCGCCGUGGUGGGGCGCCCAGCUCUUCUCCAACCUGGUGUCCGCCUGCAGGGAGUUCAUGUCCGGCUCGGGGAAGUGCACCAAGGCGGGCGUGAAGGUGGAGCAGGGGCUGUACGGACAGAAACAGGAAGUGGAGCUGAACUCCGCCGAGCCGCUGACGCUGCUGAUGGAGUUCUGAGGUUUUAUCUGAGCCGAGUCCCUCACUGUCUAGAGCACUUUAUCUCUGUCCAUAUUGUUUAUACUGUAUAGUUCAGAUAAUAAUAAAUAAUUAUUUCUUG